AUGUGGGCUCGCGACUUUCCCUGUUCUGACGAUCUCGUAUCAUUGGUUCAAAAAGUAAACCCAACUACAACUUUUCCUAAUCCGUUCGCACUGGCAAUUGAACUGGCAAUAUUGCGACAAGAAUACCUCUCCACCCCAUUCCCUCAGGUUCCACCGGGCAGCACUCUUGGCCUAGCUAAGACGCAGCAUCAACUUCAGGUCCCUGUGGACCUCACGUUCCAGCAGCCUCGGUCAGCGCACGACAUCGCAGAACUCCAUCAAGAGCUCGCCUCGAAGAGUCCCGCCGCUGGUCUGAACCGCUGGCAGCUCGAGAGCGAACUCCCAUAUCUCGUCUUCAAACCCGAUCUCCACAUACUCGUCCGUCGGGUUCUUGAUGCCAGCGUAAAGCAGUGGGAUCGCCAAGCGGAUAGGUUCGAGAACGCGAAAGGCCUUCGGUUCUGGCAGAACCUCGAAGACGGUACGCGUAGACUGAUCCACGAGUGGGUCCAGUUGUUUGACCUUUGUGAGCACUACCUCAUGAUAGCGCCUUUCGACGUCCAGGAGAUGUACGCAGCUAUCAAGGCCACCGACGCCCGAGCCAGCCAUCAGGCAUCGGAUGCGACAUUCGACGGGCUCCCGGAUCUGGAAAAGGCAGCAAGGAAGCGGGAGAAGCGGGACAGUCGCAUUAAGGGUACUGCGGGCAAUAACAUCGCAGCUUCUCAGAGGACGUCUCAUGGCAUGCCCAAGCGGAAACGAGCAGACACCACAGUCAUGGCAGAAACCGACGAGACCGCAAACUCAGAUUCUGCUAUCCAACAUCACGACCGUCGACAUCAGAAUUCCAUUGCUGAUGCUCGCCAUAACUUCGUGGCUGCACUUCAAAGCGACACGAAGAACAAAGAUACCGCGGAGGAACAAACCCCAAAGAAGAACAAAAGCAAGACUCACUAUCGCUGGAGUCAAGGACGUCUUCGAGUUUGGCGUGAAAUCCUCCGUCGCCCAGACGCCGAACUUCCCGACUCAGCUUUGCGUGAACUCGUUAACGAGCUCGAGAGCACCAGCACAGCUGCGUCAACCAAUAUCCGGCUUUGCAACUACACUUUGAGUAUUGAAGAGAUUCUCUCUUUCUUUCCUCAGCAUUCCUCAUGGCGUGAAGUUUGCUGCCGAAUGAUGAAGAGCUGGACUGCCUCCAAUGUUGUUCGUUACUUUUACUGGUCAAGGGAUCUUCAAAGCAAGGUGGCCUGCGAACGUUCGACGAUUCAACACCGAUACGGCGUAGCCAAAUCAUGGGCGACAGCAAAUGCCUCUGCAGCUGAAACGGUGACGAGUGAUAUGCGCAACAUAUCUGCAGCCAGCGGCUUGGUGGGUUGCGACAAAGUUGACCCUUUCGAUUGCUUCGUUAUUGACCUUGCCGAGGGCUUGCAUCCAGAUCGACUUCCCACAGGUAAGGGAGCCCAGUUGCUGACUCAUGUUUACAUGCAUGUCCGAGACGUCACAGGCGAUGCGAACUUGAAGUUAAGCGACGUCAAUGUGUACGCUCAGACUCAUGGUAUCUCAGUUCCUUUGGAAAAUGUAUUGGGAGAUGAUCUGGUUGUUGAAGAUGCGACCGCAUUUGAGCGUCACAGAGACGAGAUCAUUCAGUUCUAUCAAAACAGGUUUGGUCAUCCACCUCGAUAG